AUGGAUUCUCAUUCGGGCAGUUUCUUGGCCCAGACGUAUCUGGAUCUACGCAGUGGAAAUCUAAGCUCUUCUUCAGCAUGGACCACAGCGGCAAUAGCGACUGUUAUAGCGCUGUCGUUGCUAAAUUAUUUGCUGACACCCCGCGUCGACCCACGUGAACCACCAGUUGUAAAACCAACAAUUCCAUGGAUCGGUCACAUUCUGGGUAUCAUUCGUCACCAGGCAGAUUAUGGCCGACUCAUUCACAAUGCGUACCCCAACCACCAAAUCGUGACUCUCCCCAUGCUCAAUGGCAAACUCUACGCCGUCUUCGAUCCAAACCUUCUUCAAUCACUCCUCCGCAACAAAACCGCGUCAUUCGAGCCGUUCGCAAUUGACUACGCCAAGAAAACAUUCGACCUGACACAAGAAGAGUUCCUGAAAGUAAAAGCACCAGGCGUUUACGAUGAAUUCACCGACGCGAUACACGCGAGCUUCCAAACUGCGAGUUUGCACCAGAUGAACGUCCAUUUCUUAGCCUGCAUCUCAGCGAAGCUGGAUCCUAUGAGCAGUGGGACGAUGCGCGCCCACGCAGACACACAUGGCAAAGAGAAGGUCACAAAUGGACAGCUACAAGUCGAGAACCUGUAUCAGUGGUGUCGGGACGUCAUGUCUUUGGCUACCACGAAAGCUCUCUACGGCGACACUGAUCCCUUCGAACUCAAUCCACAGUUGAUUGAAGACAUGUGGUGCUUCGAAGAAUCCGUCCCCUACUUCCUCCUCUCCCUGUACCCCUCGAUCACGAUGCCAAAAGCCUACAAAGCGCGCUCAACUCUUCAAGACGUCGUUUGCAAAUGGUACUCAGAAGAUCACGACGUUACCGACCCAACCGUAUCAGCCAUCGUCCGCAACCGCGCCGGCGCCCUCCGCAAGAACGGUCUCACGGGCUCCGAGAUCGGGAAAUUCGAAGUCAUCUUACCCAAUGUCGCAACGCUCAAUGCCGUGCCUACUUUCUACUGGCUUCUACUGUACAUCCUCGACCGACCCGAUCUCCUCAAACGUGUGCGAUCCGAAGCCGAAGCCGCAGCUGUGAUAGCGCACGAGAACGGGAAGAAGACAGUGACAUUCAAUAUUGCAGAGUAUGAAGCUAAGCUUCCCCUUCUUGUCAGCUGUUACCGCGAAACGAUGCGUCUCGUCAAUCAGUCCGUCAGUAUGCGCCGCAUCUUAGAGGAUACAACCAUCACGACCCCCGAAGGAACUACAUAUCUCCUCAAAAAGGGAACAGACAUGCAACUCCCAGCUGGCGUAGCCCACUAUGAGCAAAGCGUCUGGGGUCCUGAUGCCAACACUUUCGACCCAGAGCGCUUCCACCCAUCCUCCAAGGGCAGCCCUGACGAGGAGCGAAAACGCAAAGCAGCAUACAUACCCUUUGGUGGUGGACGCCACCUGUGUCCCGGUCGAAACUUUGCCUUUGCAGAGAUCAUUGGCUUUGCAUCUUCUCUGCUACUUGGCUUUGAUGUCGAAGCUACGAGUAUGGGCUUCGGCGAUAUGAAGAAGCUUGGGCCUCAGCUUGCCAGUGGAACGGUGCGUCCUGAAAAGUAUGGCGCUGGUCUUGGUGCGCACAUCAAGAGUAGAGAAGGUUGGGAAAACGUUGAGUGGAAGUUUACGUGCUAA